AACGUUUACUCGAUCACCAUCCAAUGGCUAGCAUUUUCCCCCUUGAGAUCUCCACGCCCUUAUCUCCCUCCCUCCUUCUUUCAACUCCACUCCGUUGUUCUUUCUCCGGUCGCGGACUCGCUCAGUUGCUCCUUCUUGACUCACCAGCUCACAUCGAAGAUGGAUUGGCAAGGGCAGAAGUUGGCAGAGCAGCUGAUGCAGAUACUACUGGUGGCCUUUGCGGGGGUGGCGUUCGUGACCGGCUACGCCGUCGGUUCGUUCCGGCUGAUGCUCCUGAUCUACGCCGCUGGCGUUGUGUUGACCACUCUGAUCACUGUGCCAAAUUGGCCCUUCUUCAAUCGCCACCCUCUCAAGUGGCUCGACCCCGUCGAAGCUGAGCGCCACCCCAAACCCCAGUCUACCAAUCCCAAAAAGAAGCCUACGAAGCAGUCCCAGAAAUAGAUGCAUAUUCUGAAGUUCUAUGAGAUAGCAGCAUAUACAUAUAUUUGGAUCCUAAGAUCUCUCUUGUUGGAGGUGCAAAGGUGCUUCAGCAUGCAGUAAAAUUUUGGUAUUGUGGAAGCACAAUAUGAAUUGGGAAAUGGUUCUGUUAUGCGAGGUUGUUUAUGGAAGGAAAUUUUUAUUUGUUCUUAAACUCGAGAAUCAUGAUUGAUAUUGAUUCAGUUCUGUUUGUUUGGAUUUUAAUGUAGAAUCCUAGUGUGCAAAAUGUAUUGCCAUUGUUUGCAGCUUAUGUUCAGACUCUGCCCUGAGAACCAUAUAAAAUUCCAGUUCUAUCUGAUGUAGCAAAUGUAAUCUUUCUAGCAUUUGUUCACUCAUGGGCACACCUAAACAACAUAGGCAACUUGUAUUCUCUUUUGUUCUAA